AUGGCCGAUAGAGCUGAUCGAUUGGCAAAAGCCCAAAGAUUAUCUUGCGAGCUUUGUGAUGACGAUAUUUUGACAGUUAUCAAUACAUUUUUGAGAACAAAGUGGCAGAAAGCGAACUUUGGUUUGCCCAAUAAAAAUCCUAUCUUGUGGAUUAAAUUUGCAAAUAAACGUGGAUUUGAACGUAUAGAAAUGGAAGCACAAAACCAGCAAUACAUUUUCGAUAUAAUUGAGAGGUUUUACCAGAAGGAUACCAAGGAACAACUAGAAUUACUAGUAAUUGCUGGUAUAUACAAAGAUGAGCAAGCCCGAUUGUCUAAGGUUCGAAUACCUAAGCUUUUCCGUAUUGUAUAUACAGCAGAAUUUAAGGCAUUUGUUAUGGAAUUUGUGCCUGGUCAGACCUUGGAUAGCCUUAUGUGUCUAAAGUACAACGCUACUGGAGAGUUGUUCUAUUGGUAUUCAACUCCAUAUUCCUACGAUCUCUCACUAUUUGAAGAACAUUUGUAUGAUUAUGCUAAUGUUAUUGGUCUGCUAUUGUCACUACCAGUUCCUGAUAUAUUGCCCCAGGUCCAGUAG